AUGGGUUACCAAGACAAAGCGAUCGAAUUGUCUAAGCUGAAGCUGCGUCCAAAUGACACGAGCUUGCGACAUAUCCCUUAUAGAUGCUUUGAUGUUAACCUUGGGGUAUCAGACUUGAUUGACUACCAGAAAAGAAGAUGGAACCGAGAGAGAUUGGGCGAGCUCUUUAUCUCUGGAGACGUCAACAUUCUGCUGUUAAAUCAACCUGUAGUUUCUGAAAAAGACUCCUGGGUUUGGAGAUUCAAUAAAAGUGGAGCCUAUUCGGUGCGUUCUGGAUAUGAGGUGGCUUUCCUUAGCCUUCACCAGGAACUAAUCAAAACUCAAACUGAGCUCCCCUCUAUAAACCCUUUGAAGGCUAAGGUUUGGAGGAUCCUGGCGCCACCAAAAGUUAAGAUAUUCAUAUGGAAGGCGCUCUCUGGUUCUUUAUCAGUGUUGGAUAAUCUCAGAAGUAGAGGAAUGAAGUGUGAUUUGGUAUGUCAGAUUUGUGGGAAUGAAGGAGAAUCUAUUAAUCAUGUGCUUUUCUCUUGCACUCUAGCAAGACAAGUGUGGGCACUGUCUGGAUUCCCGACACCACAAGGAGGUUUCCAUGAAGAUUCUGUUUAUCAGAAUAUGAACUACCUUAUCUCAACAUGGUCAGAUGACAGGGAUCAGUGUGAAAUUACAAAAAUCUUCCCUUGGACGUUGUGGUAUCUAUGGAAAAAUAGAAAUUCUUUGCUGUUUGAAGGAUUUCUCUUUGAGGGACGACAAACGUAUCAAAAGGCUUGGGAGGAAGCCAAUCUAUGGCUUCUAGCGCAAAAUAUGGAGAUGGGUAAUACAACUGGAGAUGAUAUCCAUCUCGGACAGCAUGAAGAUAGGUGGAAACCUCAGGAAGAUGGAGAAUUCAAAUGCAACAUUGGAAUGAGGUGGAAAACUAAGGAAAGGAUUGCAGGGGCCGCUUGGGUUCUAAGAAAUGCGAGAGGAGAAGUCCUGCUCCAUAGUCGUCGGUCUUUUGGAGCAGUGGGAUCAAAAGAUGAGGCAUACUUCCUUUGCUUAGCUUGGGCGGUUGAAAGUAUGCUCUCUCACAAGUGUGGGAAAGUUUACUUUGUUCUUGAAGGGGGAAAUUUGGUUAAUGCUAUUAAUAGGCCAAAAGCUUGGCCCUCCUUCAUGUUCAAAGUGAUUGAAAUCAGAAGGUUGCUUAGGGAUUUUUUGUACUGGAGAAUUGACCUCGUGUCUUAUGAAGCAAAUAGGGAUGCUAGACUUAUAGCUGAUAGUGCUGUUCACAUCACUAGGUUCCAGUCUUAUGUUGCCAGGGGACCUCCUAGAUGGCUAUCUCAUGUUUUUGAUAAUGGCUCUGCUUCCUAG